AUGUCCACAUCGAAUUUUAAGAAUAAAUGUGUGACUCAAAUAAACUGCAUAUAUUGUGAUAAUCUGCUCUGCACGAGAGGAAUGAAAGCCGUUCUUUUAGCAGAUACUGAAAUUGAACUCUUCUCAACCGACAUACCCCCUAACAGAACAGUGGAUUUUGUAGCAGGUUGCUACUCUACAGAGAGCUGUAACUGCAAACUACGAGACAUCGCGUGCUUGAAGUGUGGAAAUGUUGUAGGCUAUCACGUGGUGGCCCCAUGCAAGCCGUGCCUGCUCUCCUGUAACAAUGGUCACUUCUGGAUGUUCAACAGUGAAGCUGUGUCCACUAUCAACAGACUUGACGCAUCAGGGCUUAACCUGCUGCUGUGGGGAGACUUGCCAGAACUUGAAGGCAGUGAGGAUGAGAGCCUGGACAGUCACUCAGAUGAAGAGUGUCUCAGAUAG